CAAUAACAUAGGAGAUAUGCCUCAGAUUAUCAACCAGUGUCAGAUGCUCUAGAGACAGAUAAAGAGGAGGAGUGGACAAGAGCGUGACAGGAGGAGAGACGAACAAGGACGUCUCUGUGCAUGCAAGCUGAGCUGCAAAGAUGACCGACACGAAAAGCGUAUCAUCCGUGGAAGUGCCAGAGGGGAAGUUAAUGAAGAAGGGAUCCAUCAAGAAGAAGAUUGAGUCACUGAGGCGAUGGAGUUCAGCUAGUAUAAAGAGGCCUCCAAAGCCUAAGACCAAGACCUUGAGUCUGUCUUCCCCUGUGGGAGACCCCGAAGAACUCUGGCUGCAAGAGGGAUGCAGGAGAAAGCUGCGACCCAUUGUCGACUCAGUCUUCGGACAGGGGGAGUCGUCCGUAGAACGAAGUGGCGCCCCAUUAUCUGCCGCCAUGCUCGGGGGCCUGGGUGGUGCAGGUGAGGUGGACACGGAUGACGAGGAGGAAGGAGGGAGCGAGCGGGAGUUCGAUGAGCCCCUGUGCGCGCUGGUUCAGAACUGCAACAUGCUGCACAACUUAGUGGGGCCUGCUUGUAUCUUCCUCAGACAGGGCUUCGCACAGAGCCAACUUGACAGAGAUCUACGACCAGAGGAAAUGGAAGAGCUUCGUGAGGCAUUCAGGGAGUUUGACAAGGACAAGGAUGGCUUCAUCAGCUGUAAGGACCUGGGCGAGUGCAUGAGGACUAUGGGAUACAUGCCGACAGAGAUGGAACUGAUAGAACUCAGCCAGCAGAUAUGUGGCGGCAGAGUGGAUUUUGAGGACUUCGUGGAACUGAUGGGUCCCAAAAUGCUUGCUGAGACUGCAGACAUGAUUGGUGUCAAGGAGCUUAGGGACGCCUUUAAAGAGUUUGACUCUGAUGGCGAUGGUCAGAUCAGCCUUGGGGAACUGAGGGAAGCCAUGAAGAAACUAAUGGGGGAGCAGCUCAACCACCGCGAGAUCGAUGAGAUCCUGCGAGACGUAGACCUCAAUGGGGAUGGACAGGUGGACUUUGAAGAAUUUGUGCGAAUGAUGUCUCGCUGACUCCAGACCUCACUGUAUUGCACUAAACACAACAUGGGCCAGACUACACACUGUUAAUGUUCGUGUAAUUCUUCUUGAUGUACAAAGACUUCUUGGUGUCUGUAAUUUUUUUCAGUUUCACUUCCAUCAUGUCUCAAAUAACCCCUUUAAUGUGUUACUGUUGUAUGAAUAUAAUAUGUAUUUAACGUGAUGGGAGAUUAUAGACUGUUAAAAUAUAUAGUAGUUAAUCAAAUGAGUAACAUGAGUCAAUUCACACAAAUUAGAAAAAAAACAUUUUCUCAAACACAAAUAGUAUCUCUUAGGCUUAGAGUGAUCCCUAAACCCUAGUUUAGGGGUUUAGUUGCCUCGUCGUUUCAGUUUUCUGAGACUGUUUGUUUUUCUUAAUUAGAAAAUAUGUACGUAAUUUAGGUGAACUGACACUAAUAUGCAGUUUACUAGAUUACCUCAUCUGAUAAGAAGUUAGGUGUAUGAAUAUGAGUAUGAGGAAUUAUUGUUACAAUUUCAAUAAUGCCACAUCUUAAAUCUUCAUAUGACUGUGUGA